GUCCACCAUCCAGACAACUGCACAACUUGAAGGAAAUCAAACUUCUGAUUUUCGACUCUGAAUAUCAACGAUUCCUUACGAAUGGAGCAUGGGCAUCUUGCUUGAAAUUCGAUAGUUCAUACUGCUAUCAACAUCAUGGUUCUUCCUCGCAUCGCUUUCCUGCCAUCUUCCUCCGCACCGCCUCCGACCACAAGGUUCCUCAACCCUGUCGAGGACUUCUUCUUCUUCCAGGCUGUAGCUACCGUGUGCAAAUUGCGCAGGGUUCAAGGACAUUAUGCACGACCGUAGUGAGGAAGUGAUCGCACUGUUGGACGCAGGGUCUCGAGAGGAGGACGACACGCCGGAGAAAGCAUCCCAUGCACGGAGCCAGUCGCAAACCAUUAUCUCCUCUCUACUUCAUGGGACAACUGGCAUCCUCGUGCUCUUCAUUGUUCUCGACCUGAUCGCCUUUCUGUAUGUGUUCCGCUCCGUCCUAGCUUUGUCCGGGCCUUCCACGGAUGAAUUCGAGUUUCGAAAUCCGUACAUUGGGUUGGACGAGCUGUAUGCAUCGGGACGAGUGAAUGCGUCGCGGUACGAUCCCAUCGUCAACGUGCCUCGCGUAGCGGCACAGGUCAGCAGCACCGAGCCUAACAAGGUCGGCGUCGAGGACGAGCAUCGGUACCUGAGCAAUUUCGGUACCAUGACUCCAUUGGAUCGCCAUCUCCAGGUCUCAAGCACGAUACACACCAUUCUUCAGUUCCGAACGAUGGACUAUGGCAUGGAAAGCUGUGCGUUGGCUCUUCGUCUUCCCUCUCCAGAGGACAGCGAGUCCCUCCAGCUCGCGGAAGGCGCUAGAGACGUGCAUCUCGACGUCUGCGCGCUCGAUGUCUCACGUCAGCUCAAACCGCGCUCACUGUCAUGGGCGACCCGCCCGCGCUGUCAAACACACGUGGGCACUCUCGUUGCCGGACCGGGCGAGGAGGUGCGGUUCCCCGAAUUUCCGUGCAGCUGGGGAUCCCUCCACACGUAUGAGAUUUCCUGCAGCGCAGACUCUCCCGAUUGUCUAGUGGACGUGUGGGCAACCAGGAACGGGACUUGGGGAAUAUUCAUGUAUCAGUACCAGACCGUCUAACAGACUCCGCUCACCAGGAGAGAGUCUGCGUUGUCAACUAGAGUUCAUUGAUGUUACUAUUCAUUUUGCCAAUUCCGUGAUGACAAAGCAGCGAACUGGUCGGAUUGUACAUUGUAAGAGAUCAGCUGCGCUACGGAAGAAUCACGACCUCGUAGUGC